CUGUCACUUGUGGGGUGAAAAUAGGGAUCCUGUUUUUCUGUCUUUCAGUCCAUCUCAGAAUAAUGUCUAAUGUGGAAACUGUCUUUGUUUUUUUCUCAGGCCCUGUUGGACUUGACAGACUUCCAGGUCAACCAGAAGCUGUUCACGACUCUGGCCAGGAGGACUGCAGCCCGUAGACAGUGCCCACACUGCAGGGACGACCAGGUGCCAACUUCAGGGCCAGAUCACCAACACUCUGCUGGUCCUGCUGGAAAGCAUCCCCAGAAGAGGAAGCGCACCUCCGUGGCUCGUCCUCCUUCCGAACCAUUGGAAGCUCCAGAGGUGGUCACAUCUGUUGCCACUCCUGAGCCCUCCACCUCAGCUGCUAACACGGCCUCUGUUUUGAAUUUGGUCCCUAGGCCUUCUGCGACCAUCUCAUCAUGCUCCAGUGUAGCCCCCAGCUCCCAGCCCGACGAUGGCCCCCUGCUGAUCCACAACCGCACUGUGGAGGCAUACCAGUGCAUCUACCAUGAAGUUGUGGAUGACAUGCUGAGGGACCUGGAUGGCCGGCUGCAUCCUUACAGUCUGGCAUUGGGGAGGCGCAUCAAGCAGAGGCUGUGGGAGCGCCUGGAGCGUCCAACACUCACCGAAUCAGUCAGUGAGGACGGACUGGUUCGUGUUGGCGCGUUAGACGGGGUUGAAGACCAUCCUCCCCUGUAUGACGUCAGGCGGACCAAAGCCCCGCAGACCGCCACAGAAAUGAGCUAAGCACUGAAUAUUACUCAUGUCAGCUCAGUUAUGUAAAUAGUUUGUAGUUUAAGUUUUGUAGUUUAAGGUUAAGUUUUGUAGUUUAAGUUAGGUUAAGUGUUGCAGCCGUGUUCUGCAAGAUGACAAACUUCUCUCCACCUCUGUCACACAGCCAUUUACUGCCUCCACCCUCUGCCUGCAGGUUUUACCAGCCAAUUGCUGCCACAUGCUCCACCUACAGACGUUGGACAAACAUCUCCACCAGCAGUCUCGGACAUUUCCUGCUCUACCUUACAUUCAUAGCCUCUAACAGCCACGGUCAGAUUCAAGUUCUGCCAUCCACAGCCUCUGCCAACAACCUGCACCUCCACCUGCAGAUUCUGGCAGACUGCUGUGGCCAAACUGCCUCUAAACUGUUCUGCUCCACCCUAUACCAAAAGACCGUUACAGCUACGCUCAAGUUUAAACUGGCCAAACCUCCACCUACAGCCUCUGCCAGCAACCUGUCAUUGCUGCCUCCACCUGCAGAUUCUGGCAGAGAACUGCUGCCAAACCUCCAGCUACCGCCUCUAAAGUGUCCUGCUCCACCCUACACGAAAAGCCUGUCAAAGCCACAAUGCUAGUUAAACUGGCCAAACCUCCACCUACAGCCUCUGCCAGCAACAUGCAGUUGCCGCCUCCACCUGCAGAUUCUGGCAGAGAGCUGCGGCCAAACCUCCACCUAUUACAGCCUCUGCCAGCAACCUGCACCUCUGCCUCCACCUGCAGAUUCUGGCAGAUUGCUGUUGUCAAACUAUCUCCAACAGACUAAACCAGAGUCCUUCACUGAUGCCUCCACCUACAGAUUCUUCCAACAACUGUAGCUCCAUCCCCACCCUCCUGCAGCAACCUGCACCUCAGAGUCUAAUCCUGUUGCCAUGUGAAGACCUCAGUGGAAGAGCAGGGACCAGAGAUCCACUUGUAAAUACAACCAUUCAGAUAAUAUGUAACAAUGCUGUGUAAUAGUAGCCUGGGUUGAUCAACUGAAGCCAUCUGUCUGUUUACAUAUUCUUCUUCUUCUUCUUACAGGUAUUUCCA